UACAAGUGUAUAUAUUUAACACUGUUUAAAGAGAUCUUUUAUCCGUGGAAGAACAUAGCUUUUUCUCUUUCCCAUCAAGGCUCUGCUCCAUAUAACACACCAAAGCACAACCUUCUCUAUCUCUGUGUGUCUCUGUGAUACGGUUUUUGCAUAGCAAAAAUGUCGAGCGGCGAAGAGCCUGUGGAGGACAUGAAUGGGGAUUCGUUUCAGAAGUUGAAUCAGAGGGUUAAGGAUCGGUCUAAGAAAGUGGCUCAAACCAAGGAGAUCCUGUCCAAACAGGCCGUUAAGAUUGCCAAACAGGCCGAGGAACACGAAAGGUUCAUUAACAAGGUUACUCAUCUUAUGGGAGUUCUCAGUUUUGGCGGGUUUUGCUUUCUAUUGGGAGCGAGACCCCAAGAUAUUCGCUACGUAUAUUGCUUGUUUUAUGUUAUCUUUGUUCCUCUCCGGUGGAUAUACUAUCGGUUCAAGAAAUGGCAUUACUAUCUUUUGGAUUUUUGCUACUAUGCCAAUACAAUCUUCUUGGUCGACCUUCUUUUGUAUCCAAGGAAUGAAAAGCUUUUUCUGGUUUGUUUCUCAUUUGCUGAGGGGCCGUUAGCAUGGGCAUUGAUUGUUUGGCGCUGUAGCUUGGUUUUCAGUUCUCUUGACAAACUUGUUAGUGUCCUUAUACAUCUUUUACCCGGUAUAGUUUUCUUUACCAUUCGAUGGUGGGAUCCAUCAACCUUUGCAGCCAUGCACCCGGAAGGAACUUCUGGCAGAGUUUCUUGGCCGUAUGUAGAAGACAAAUCCUAUCUUUGGACAUGGCUGUUUGUGGUUCCGUUAAUUGCAUAUACCCUAUGGCAGAUUCUCUAUUUUCUCAUUGUCGAUGUCCUGCGUCGACAGAGGCUAUUAAGAGAUCCUGAAGUCAUGACUUCUUACAGGGAACUCUCAAAAAAAGCACAGAAAGCAAACAAUCUUUGGUGGCGCUUAAGUGGUUUGCUUGGGGAUCAAAAUCGCUUGUUCAUGUACAUUGUGCUCCAAGCCAUAUUUACUGUAGCAACCAUGGCACUCGCUGUCCCCAUCUUCUUGUCAUAUAGAUUGCAUAUGAUUUUCCAAAUUCUCAAGGUUUCUGCAUCUGUGUGGUAUGUUACCACUGGGUUUGGAGCCUCGUCACACCGGCGCACCGGCAAAACUACCGACCUCCAGACAGAGCUUAUACGGUUCCUUAAUGCCGGAGUGAUCGGGAAAGAGAGUCUUCCGUCCACUUAUUCAAAGGUAGCUAUGCUCGUUCGCGCAAACACACUGAUGCAGGGCUAUUCCGGUAUUCGAUGGGAGGUACUCGAAGGCAUGGCCAAGCUGAUGAACAAAAAUUUGAUCCCGAAACUGCCCCUAAGGGGGACUAUCACGGCUUCGGGGGAUCUUGUACCGCUAUCCUAUAUUGCUGGUUUAUUGACUGGCCGCCAUAAUUCCAAAGUGGUCACCCCUGAAAAUGAAGAAAUCACAGCCUUGGAAGCUCUCAAGAGGGCAGGGAUUCCAGCUCCUUUCGAGCUCCAAGCAAAGGAGGGCGUAGCUCUUGUAAAUGGGACAUGUGUUGGCUCGGCUGUGGCUGCAACAGUUUGUUUUGAUGCCAACGUUUUGGCUCUGUUUGCAGAAGUUCUCUCUGCUUUCUUCUGCGAAGUCAUGGUCGGCAAGCCCGAAUUCACAGACCCACUGACGCAUGAGCUCAAGCACCAUCCUGGCCAGAUUGAAGCAGCUGCUAUCAUGGAGUACCUUUUGGAUGAGAGCGACUACAUGAAGGAAGCAAAUCUUCGUCACGAGAAAGACCCAUUGUCAAAGCCAAAACAGGACAGGUACGCACUCAGAACCUCCCCCCAAUGGCUCGGACCCCAAAUCGAAGUCAUCCGCAUGGCAACGCAUUCAAUUGAAAGGGAAAUCAAUUCUGUGAAUGACAACCCAUUGAUCGAUGUUGCUCGAGAUAUUGCUCUCCUUGGAGGGAAUUUCCAGGGUACACCAAUCGGUGUCUCCAUGGACAAUCUCCGAAUUGCCGUUGCAGCAAUUGGGAAACUCAUGUUUGCUCAGUUCUCUGAGCUCGUAUGUGACUACUACAACAAUGGGUUGCCUUCCAAUUUGAGCGGCGGGCCUAAUCCAAGCUUGGAUUAUGGGUUCAAAGGGGCAGAGAUAGCCAUGGCUGCAUACUGCUCUGAGCUUCAGUACCUGGCUAACCCUGUCACAACACACGUACAGAGUGCCGAUCAACACAAUCAAGAUGUAAAUUCUCUGGGUUUGAUUUCAGCCAGAAAGAGUGCAGAAGCCAUUGAGAUUCUGAAGCUUAUGUCUGCCUCAUACAUGGUGGCGCUUUGCCAGGCAGUUGAUCUGAGACAUCUGGAGGAGAACAUGAGGGAGGUUGUCAAACAUGUCGUCCUCCAAGUUGUGAGGAAGACCCUUUACACUGCUGAAGAUGGAUCGCUGCUUGAAUCCCGCUUCUGCGAGAAAGAAUUGUUGCAGGUAAUUGAACACCUGCCGGUAUUCUCUUAUCUGGACGACCCCACAAAUCCCUCUUAUGCCCUCUUGUCCCAACUGCGAGAAGUGCUUGUAGAGAAAGCACUGGAAGAUCCUUCAAAGGGUGAAAAUGGAAAUGACGAGGGCUUCUCAAUCUUCAAGCGGAUUCCAGUAUUCCUAGACGAACUGAAAGCAAGGCUUGGAGAGGAAGUAAAAAAAGCGCGGGAGAGAUUUGAGAAAGGAGAUUUUCCGGUGGCGAACAGAAUAAAGAAAUGCAGGACAUAUCCGAUAUAUCGGUUAGUGAGGAGUGAAGUGGGGACAGAGCUUCUGAGCGGAGCGAAGAAGGUGAGUCCAGGGGAGGAUAUAGAGAAGGUAUAUGAGGCGAUCAAUGGAGGGAAAUUGGGAGAUGUGGUGGUGAAGUGCUUGACAAAUUGGAAAGGGUGUGCUGGUCCAUUCACUCCGAGGCCUCUGUCGUUGUCUUCUCCAAUGCAAUGUAAUCCUGAGUAUUGGGGUUGGUUUGAGAAGGUAAGAUCUCCUAGAGUUCCAACUCCUACCAGUGGCGGCCGCGGAGGAGCCUUUUGAUCCUCUUCUUUUGUAACGCUUGUAUGUGAUUACGAAUUAGUCCCCAAACAUUUCUGUUGUAAACAUCGAGCCUAAAAGAUCGACUGGAAUUAAUAAUAUCUUUUCAUUUUUCAUC